UCGCGGAGCGCCUCGCGGAGCGGAGCGGUUGGGGCCGGGCGCGGCUGCAUGGCGUGCUGGGGGCUGCGCCUGCGGGUGGGCGCCGCGCCGCGCUGAUCCGCGCCGCUCGGGGCGGGCGGCACCACCUCGGGCCCUUCCUUUGAUCGACGGGAGCAGCGAGGCGGGGGUCAAGAUGAUAGAAACGCUUGUGACAACCGAAGCGCAGGAGCUGCUGUACCAGCUGACGGCCUUGCUGGAGCAGGAGCUGAGGUGUCAGCCCAAGGCCUCUGGCCUGAGACUCGUCGAAGCUGCCCACGAUAAUGGCCUCCGAAUGACUGCCCGCCUGCGAGACUUUGAAGUGAAAGAUCUCCUCAGCUUAACUCAGUUCUUCGGCUUCCACACAGAGACGUUUUCGCUAGCUGUGAAUUUCUUAGAUAGGUUCUUGUCAAAAAUGAAGGUACAGCCUAAGCACUUAGGCUGUGUUGGACUUGGCUGCUUCUACUUGGCUGUGAAAGCAACAGAGGAGGAGAGAAAUGUUCCCUUAGCCACUGACCUGAUUCGAAUAAGCCAGUAUAGGUUCACUGUUUCUGAUAUGAUGAGAAUGGAAAAAAUCAUAUUGGAGAAGCUGUCUUGGAAAGUCAAAGCUACAACAGCCUUCCAGUUUCUACAACUAUAUCAUUCGCUCAUUCAUGAGAAUUUAAGUUGUGAAAGGAGAAAAUACCUUAAUUUUGAGAGACUUGAGACGCAGCUUAAGGCAUGUCACUGCAGAAUCAUGUUUUCUAAAGCCAAGCCUUCUGUCUUGGCAUUGUCUAUUAUGGCACUAGAGAUAGAAGAACAAAAGCUACUGGAGUUGACAGAGGCAUUGGAAUUUCUGCAGCUGCAUUCCAAGAUAAACAACAGAGAGUUGACCUUCUGGAAGGAAUUGGUGUUAAAGUGCCUUACCGAAUAUUCCUCGAGCAAGUGUUCAAAACCAAACGUGCAGAAACUAAAAUGGAUUGUGUCUGGACGUACUGCACGGCAGCUUAAACAUAGCUAUUACAGAAUAACACACCUUCCUACAAUUCCAGAGACCAGCUCAUAAUAGGAAUACAGUAAAAUGAGAGAACCAUCCUGUGACCUAGUUCACAGGCAGAUGAAGAUUUGAGAAACCAAGUCUGAAACAUGAUCUUAAUAAUGAAGAACCCAAGUCAUGGAAAUACGUAACAUUUCAGACUAAAAAUCCUGGCAGCAAAUGCAUUCUUUUCUAUGAUGAUUACAACAACAUCCAGUGUCAGUUUUGGUCUUAUUAGACCAUUUACUAUCCAAACAGUGAAAAACCACAAUACUGAUAGAAGAAAUUUAACACCUUAUAGUUUGUAGAGCAGCUUGUGAAGUCUAACCUUGUUUUACUCUAAGUGUAGGUGCCCAGUGGUGUAUUAAAUUAAAAAAAAAAAAAUCUGGUUAAACUUUCCAAAGAUUACAGGACAUUAGGAAAAUGUGCAGUGGCACAGUGCUGCAGUCUCAGGCAAACUAAAGACCAUCUUGCUUAAUAUUGAUGAGAAUAGGAAAUGCUUAUCAGUGCACCUGACAUGCUGGUUUGGCAGUGUCGUGUCCCUACAGGGCAGGGUACUGGCCUUUAAUGUAGACACAAAGCUCUACGAUACCUGCUGAGCAUGUCAAGUACCUGGAGCAGGACGAAGAGGAGAAACUUGAUUUCAUUGCCUUGUAAAAGAUAGUCACUAACACUGCAUUGAUAACUUCAGUGUUUUGUAAGAGAUGCAGUUUGCUGAGAUUACGAAGAGAGAGCACAGAAACUUCAUGGUACGUAAGGCUGGAGAGAAACCACUGAGUUACCUGCCCCAAAUCUGCCAUUAGUCUUGCGAGGUUUUGCUGUACCAGAGGUAAAUGCUGAUGCUGAACGGAUGGAUUUUACAGGCACAGUAGGAACAGGGCUGUAGUCCCAUAAUGGCCUAUAAGUAGGAACAAUUGAGGUGAGAAACAACUCGAGAUUGUUUCAACUCUCAUCUGUUUAACAGUUAGCUUUGAGAAACACAGCUGCUCUGUUUUUUCCUGAAGACUGUGUCAGUACUUGAGGCAUAUCUUGCUUUUGGUACUAACAUGAAAGUGAGUAAUAAGAAUGUGUUACUGGAUGUAAGAUGGGUAGCGGUGUUGGGGGAAUGUUGCUGAUGACCUCUUGAAUUCUGUGUCACUGGAGCAGAGGCUGUUAGGGGUAGGCUGAUACUAACUGCCACGUAAAUGGAUUUAGGGGAAAAUGAGCGAUGUGAAUGUUCUGAAUAUAGUGUGGGCUUAAAUGCUAGCCUACCAAAGCUGUCCCCUUACAGCUGAUGCGUAAACCAUUCUUAGCAUAUCUUAAACUAAUUCUUCACAAAAGACUUCAUACCAAAGCUCUGUACUAGACAAAUCAAGCUUUCUCGUGAACUCAUGGGAAUGAUUGCACUGCAUAGCACUUGAUCGAGUUUUCCAUCUGCCAGUGCUCUCUGUGCAUUGUGCUGGCCUCUGAAAAGCAUACAUGUGACUCAGACAAAGGGGUGGGCAGCUUACUGGGAGAGAUGGACAAAGAUGCAGUGUGCAAUUCUACUGGUAUUGUCAUGUGUCAAGAUACGUACCUUUCAAUUAAACGUUGAAAUGCAGUUAACCAA